AUGGUACCCAGUGGUUAUUGGAUCGCAUUGGUGCAUCGGAAUCUACCCGAUUUAACUGCGAGACAUCUGAAGGAAUGCUUCCAUGGUGGGCCAUGCCAGACCCUGGAUCAAUGCCGAGGGGAAGGGAUCGCGGCUUGCUUCUCCACUCGGGCAAUGUGGGGUUUAUCGAAGAAGCACCUGAAGAAGAUCCUAUCACGAUUUUGCUCCCAGGGUGUGCCCAAUUAUCGCGUGAAGGUUUUUCAGAUUUAA